AUGCAUACAAUAUCAUCUUCCAGAAAAGAAAAGGCCAAGGAAGCGGCGGAAACCCGAUCAAAGAAAUCCAAAAAAGAAGUUAAUGAACAACCAAAAGAAAAUCUGACAGUUAAGGGAAAGAAAUUGGUUUUGGAUAAGAUCAAAACUAUAAGUAAGAUACAUGAGCUAUCUGAUGAAGAUGAUUCUGAUUUUAAGAGUCGUCCUGGAUCUUCAAAGAAACCAAAGAGAGAAGCUAAAGUUGUGAAUAAAGAGAAAAAAGUUGAGGCUGUGAUAAAAGAAUUUCCUUCAUUGAAGAACAGAUGCUCACUUGGGUCAUCAUUGGGUGUUAUUCAGGGUUUAAGUAAAGAACAUAAGGAGUGUGUUAGGGAUAUGGGAUUUAGGAGUUUGUUACUGAUAAAGAUGAUUGAUGUACCUUUAAAGAUUAUUUAUUAUGUUCUUGAUCAUUUUAAUUUUGAGAGUUCGAAGGUGGAGUUUGAGAAUUGUCAAGUUAGUAUUGAUAGCAAAUUUGUUCAUGAAAUGUUAGGAUUACCAUUUGGUGGUACAUUACUUUCAAAAAUGGAUUCCAUUUCCGAACAUGAUGAAGAGAGCUGUAUGUUUGAGUGGAAGAAACGGUAUGAAAAUACCGAUAAAUUGUUAUUGAAUCACCUAAAGAAUGAACUUGUUCGAACUAGUGCGGCGGAUGAUAACUUUAGAAUAAGUUUUUUGGUUCUAUUUAUUAAUACAUUCUGUGAGUCUUCAAGCGUGAAAAAAUGUAAUCUUAGUCCAUUGUUUCUAAUCAGAAGAGACACUGAUUUAAGUAGCAUUGACUGGUGCAAUUUAAUUGUUGAUUUUUUGGUAAUGACAAAGAAGGUUUUACAACCCAGAUAA